UGUGUUGUCAGCUGUUGUCCUGAUUCCUGUUGGACCCUCCACGUUCCUCUCUUUCACUCUGCUACAACUCUGGACUGGUUGUCUCAUUGUCCUCCUUUUCCAUUUGAACUGAACAAACGCUUGUUGGCAGAUGAUGGAGGGCACUGACCAGACCACCAAUGAACAAGUCAAUGGCACAGAGGAGAUGCCAGCGGACCCCAUGGAGGACUUCAGCAGGCAGCUAGAGGAUAUUAUCAACACAUAUGGCUCGGCAUCAAGCCUGAUGCAAGAGCAGAUCUCCAUCCUGGAAAGUGAGGAAAGGAGAGAGGAAGCGAAGGCAGAUGAAACAACCACCCCCAAAGAGCCAGGUGGAGCCGGUCCAGAGGAGCAAAAAGAUGAUUCAAAACUGAUCAAGGGCCUUGGUAAAGAGGCCACGUCUUUAUUGCAAAGCCUGAACAAGCUCAGCUCACCAGAAGAGAAAGUGGAAAUGGUGUUGAAGAAAUACACCGAGCUGGUGGAGAAACACAGGAGAGAGAAGCAGCAGCUGGAGAAGAGACAGGGUCUUUUGGUCAAGCAGAGAGACCAGAUCCAAUUCGAGCACAGUCGUGCCAUCCUGGCCCGAACCAAGCUGGAGAUGCUCUGUAGAGAACUUCAUAAACAUAACAAAACAGUGAAGGAGGAGAGUCUGCAAAGGCUGCGGGAGGAUGAGAUGAAGCGGAGGGAGAUCACUGCUCAUUUCCAGAGCACACUAGUGGACAUUCAGGCUCAGAUCGAGCAGCACAGCAGCCGUAACAACAAGCUGUGUCAUGAGAACAGCGAGCUGGGCAGCAAACUCAAGACCCUUGUAGAACAGUAUGAGAGAAGAGAAAAGAGUUUAGAGAAGAUCUUCAACCACAGAGAUCUACAGCAGAAAGUGUCUGAUGCCAAGCUGGAAGAAGCAAAAAUGCUGCUUAAGGAAGCAGAAGAGAAGCACAAGAGAGAGAAGGAAUAUUUGCUUAAAGAGACAAUUGAACAAACAAAGAAAUGCUACACUAUGAGGGAGCAGGAGUUACAGAUGAAGAAACAGAUUGUGUUGUACUCCCAAAAGUUUGAGGAGUUUCAGGGGACACUGUCGAAGAGCAAUGAGAUUUACUGUACUUUCAAACAGGAAAUGGAAAAGAUGACAAAGAAGAUGAAGAAACUGGAGAAGGAGUCAAAUAUAUGGAAGACACGGUUUGAAAGCUGCAACAAAGCUCUUGUUGAAAUGAUAGAUGAGAGAUCAGAAAAGGCUAAAGAGUUUGAAUUCUUCACUGUGAAGAUCGACCGCCUGGAGACUUUGUGCCGAGCCCUGCAGGAUGAGAGAAAAAUCCUGUACACUAAGAUUAAAGAGAUCCGUCUCCCAGACAAAGCAGCCUUAUCACCGCUGGAGGACAUGCCACAGGUGGAUGAGCUCGCUCCACAGCUCACUCCUAGCCCUGUACUGACCGCAGAGAUGGAGAAACUGCGAGAACAGCAGAUCCGCCUUCAGGAGUUGGCCGCUUCUUUGGUGAAACCCAUAAAAGAUGAUGUUGAGGAAUCAGAUAGUGAGGAAGAGGAGGCGUCCGAAUUUGCACUAAAGAUCCCAGCUAUUCCUGAAGACACCCAACCUGAGCCCACCAAACAAGAAGAGAAACCAGAAUCUGUUGUUGUCACUGAAGAAAAGCCAUUACCCCCAAAUCUUGAACCAAGCAAACCUGAAACAGAACCCAAACCUCCUCAAAAACCUCUUCAACCCGAAAUAAUAGAACAACAAACAGGAAAACAAGAGUCAACCAAACAGGAACCAAAACAAGAAGUGACAAAAGUAGAAGCGAUUAAACAAGAAACUUGUGAGUCUGAACCAGCCAAAGCUGAAAAGGAAGCCAAAGCUCCUCAAGAACCUCUUCAACCAGAAUUCACAGAACCACAGACAGAAAAACAAGAGUCAACCCAAGAGGAACCAAAACAAGAAGACGUCGCAAAAGUAGAAGUUGUUAAACAAGAACCAUCAGAGUCUGAACCGGCCAAACCUCAAACAGAAUCUAAACCUUCUCCUCGAGAACCUCUUCAAGCAGAAUUCACAGAACCACAGACAGAAAAACAAGAGUCAACCCAAGAGGAACCAAAACAAGAAGACGUCGCAAAAGUAGAAGUUGUUAAACAAGAACCAUCAGAGUCUGAACCGGCCAAACCUCAAACAGAAUCUAAACCUUCUCCUCGAGAACCUCUUCAAGCAGAAAUCACAGAACCACAGACAGAAAAACAAGAGUCAACCCAAGAGGAACCAAAACAAGAAGACGUCGCAAAAGUAGAAGUUGUUAAACAAGAACCAUCAGAGUCUGAACCGGCCAAACCUCAAACAGAAUCUAAACCUUCUCCUCGAGAACCUCUUCAAGCAGAAAUCACAGAACCACAGCCAGAAAAACAAGAGUCAGCCAAAGAGGAAACAAAACAAGAAGACUUGACAAAAGUAGAAGCAACCAAACAAGAUACAUCCGAAUUACAACCUACUGAGCUUGUUGUAAAAAAAGAGGGAAUACGUGAGGAAAAAAAUGCUGAAGAUGUUAAAUCUGAGUUCCCUGAAACAGAGGCAAAUGAGGAGAAUGUCCAGAAAGAACACGUUGCAUCAGACGGAGCCAAGGCACAGGCAGCAAAACCUAAAGCCCCAAAAUCCCAAGAAGCCAAAUCAAAAACCAGCAAACCCCAGCCUAAAAAACAAGGUUCUUCCAAGAAGAAAGGUUCGGCUAAGGGUGGGAAUAAAAGCUAAGCGAAACAUACGUGCAUUACCAUAUCACAUUCUCUAUAGUUUGUUUUUAGUGUCUUGCUGUUCAUGAGUUACAGGCUACAUAAAAACUAAGCCAAACAUAAGUGCAUAUCACAUUUUCUCUAUAUUUUUUUUAGAUGAGUUUGUUUUUAGUGUCUUGCUGUUCAUGAGUUACAGGUUACAUAUAUGACCGAUUGGUCAUAAGCUACUUUUCUUUAUGAAAGUUUACAUUAAGGAUGGUCUUAUGGUCUAGCAUUGGAUAACUUUCAGAAUGUAACACGCUUUGUUUUUCAACUCGUAAUACUUUUCCUCACCCUUUAAUAAACAUCUGUUGACAAUUCUAAGUGUUGUUCACAAACCUAG